GUUUUAGUAGAUCAUAACCCUAACCUAUAUUUUUAUGUUUUAAUGAAGAAGGGCACAUGCCUUCUGAAUCUUGGUACCUUGUAGCAGCAGCUCAUUUUAUAUUGAACGUUUGAUAGAGCAGUUAGCUGGAAUUUAAGAAAAACAGUCGAUAAGGAAGAUCCUCUAAGCUCAAUUGAAAUAUGGAUAUAACCAAUACUCAGUUUUAUUUAGGAACUGCGAGGGGCGUGCUGCUGUGUACUACUGAUAAGGCUAAUGAUGUCAAGGUGUUCAAAAACGGUGAAAAAACAGAAGUUACUGCUUUAGCAAAUGGAAGACAUGAGAAUGAAAUCGCUUUGGGAUAUGGCAAUGGAAAUGUAGACAUUUUCGACACAAAGCGACGUUGUUUCACCAAGAAAAUUGAUAAUCUAGAAGGAAGUGAAAGUAUCACUGGUAUCUGCCACAUUAACCAGUCACUCGUUGUGGCUAAGCAUGAUGGAGUAAUAAAUAUAUGGAGGGACAAAUUGAGAGACUUCUUUUCCAUAAAUCUCAAUGAAAACUCCACCUUGGAUGCAAUAGAACAUAAUCAGAAUAACAAGAUUGUGGGCACUGGAGGUGAAGCAAAUGACUUUAAAACGUGGAACAUUGAAACCAAACAGUGUGUGUUUAAAGCUAAAUCACUAGGACAUGACCACUUGCAGUUACCAAUUCCCACAUCAAUUACUGGAAUUUGCUUUUUCAACGGUGCAGAAAACUUGGGAGCUUGUUGCACAGCACAAGGCAGAGUUCUGCUCUAUGAUGAUAGAACCCAAAGGAAACCCGUCGUAAAUUAUUUUCAUGAAAAAGCUAGUUAUUCGACAAUUAGUAGCUCUUUCAACGACCUCCAACUUUUUGUUGGGAACACGAAAGGCUACAUGCAAUGGCUGGAUCUUCGGUGUACUACAAAGUCAUUGAGAACAUACACAAAUUUUAGAGGAGCUGUAACUGAUAUCGCAUGCGAUAGUGUUAAAUCAUCAGUUGCCAGUGUUAGCUUGGAUAGGCACCUGAGAAUACAUAAAAUAGAGUCUAAGGAAUUAAUCAGAGAGCUUUAUAUGAAACAAAGUCUUUCCAAGAUGUUGAUUCAACCCAUUAUAAAGGAAGAAUCAUCUGAAGAAGAUGACGAGUUUGAAACGUUAUUUAACGAGAUGGAACAUGUAUAACUGGUUGCUACCUGAAUGGUUUUUUUUGUUAAUUUAUUCGUAAAUAAACAACACAAAAAUAUGA